AAUGGAUUUUUUUCCCACAUUGUUUCACUAAAUUACGUUUUUCCGUCUGCAGAGAAUGAAAAAAGUAUAUUGUCGGCUUUCAUAUUAAAUAAAAAAACCUCCGUUUUAAGCAGGGAUUGUUUGAAAAGUCAAAUUUAUUAAUCUGUUAGAGGUGGAUGCUAACAUAUAAUACAUCAGAAAUUAAUUUAAAAUGUCUGAACUUCAAUCAUCAUUGCUAUUAAAGAAACAAUUAGCAGAACUAAAUAAGAACCCAGUUGAAGGUUUCUCGGCUGGAUUAAUUGAUGAAAAUGAUAUAUUUCGUUGGGAAGUUCUGAUAAUUGGACCACCAGACACACUUUACGAAGGAGGUUUUUUUAAAGCGCAUUUGUAUUUUCCGAAAGAGUAUCCAUUGCGUCCACCACGUAUGAAAUUUGUCACAGAAAUAUGGCAUCCAAAUAUUGAGAAAAAUGGAGAUGUUUGCAUAUCAAUUUUGCAUGAGCCUGGAGAUGACAAAUGGGGUUAUGAAAAAGCAUCAGAACGUUGGUUGCCGGUUCACACAGUGGAAACUAUCUUGAUAUCCGUGAUAUCAAUGCUUGCAGAUCCUAACGAUGAGUCUCCAGCAAAUGUUGAUGCAGCCAAGGAGUGGAGAGAAUCUUACACUGAUUUCAAACGGAAAGUGGCCCGCUGUGUUCGGAAAAGCCAGGAGGAGUGUUCGUAGAAGCUGGAUUUGCUCUAUAUUUGUAUAUUUAUAUUAAAAAUUUGAUACAUUAAAAGGAAUAAUUGAAUUAAUAGACACAUAAAUUAGCAUCUUUUAAACCA